AUGCCGACGACAACACUCACAACCCCCCUCACGCUCCUCAUCCCCGCCGAGCCCCUCACGCGCUCCUCCUUCGCCCCCUUCGGCGAUGUGAUUGAGAACCCUCACCCGGACGUCCUCCCCUCCGCUUCCCUCCCGGCGUCCGUAUCGGCGUCCUUCUCCGCCGUCCCCGCGAACCAGGGCAGCGCCAUCAAGUACCAAAACGUCUCCACCCCACUGGACCUCUACUCCCAGGCGCCCAGCGGCGCCGCGAAGCCCAUCGUGAGUAUCUUCUCCUGUGCCGCGCGCGCGUUGGAGCCCGCCACCCCGGCGACCGCCCCGCCCAUCUCCACCUUGCUACCGUAUACCUACGCCGGCCCCUCCCGGGGAGGCCGUUUCCGCGUGCGCAUCCUGGAACGACACCCCUUCACAACCCAAACCUUCACCCCGCUCGCCGCAUCAGCCGGCGUCAACUCCGCAGCGUACCUCGUCAUCGUCGCCCCAACCCUCCCCCAACCAAGCGCGCAGACAGACUCUCUCCCGGCCCCGGUCUCGGGCGGGAAAGGACGCGGGCUGCCGGAUCUCAAGGGCCUCAAGGCCUUCGUCGCGUACCCGGGCCAGGCGGUGACGUACGGGGCCGGGACGUGGCACGCGCCCAUGGUUGCGCUGGGCCCGCAGGGGACGGCGAUCGAUUUCGUGGUGACGCAGUUCGCGAGCGGCGUCGGGGUCGAGGACUGUCAGGAGGUCGAGUUUGCUGCGGCCGGUGACGGGGCGGAGAUUAUGGUGCAGGUUCCGGAGAGGAUGCCUGUUGCUGCCAAGUUGUGA